UAUAAAUUUAAUUAAUAUAUAUAUAAGUAUAUUAAUCACUUGGAUGAACCGAAGUUACGUUGAUGCAUGCUGGAAUCAUUUGCUUGCGUUGGUGGAUUUUUGAAAUAGCAACGUUUUGGAAAAAUCUAUAAGCUGCUUUAAUUUGAUGCCAAUCUUCACAAGCCUGAUUUAUUAAACGCUCAGCAAAAUUAUUAAUUAUUUUUAAAAGUCUCCUACUUAAUCUUAUAUCACCAAAAUUAACAAUUCCAAAUUCAUUUUCUGCCAAUUUGCCAUUUUCAGACUAUAGAUCUAUUUAUAAUAGAAAGUAGAAUUCGUUAAAUAGCAGCUUCUUCUCCAUUUUUAGAUUUAUGCGACAAGACAGAAAAUAUUGACACAGAUACUUAUUGAAAUACCGUUUUACUCAUAAAAAGAUAGUGAGUCGAUAUGUUAGCAGGGGGUAAAGAGUCCGGUAAAUCACCUAGUAGUGGGAGCACUCUAAACAAGCCAGAUUUCGUUACUAGAGAUCCUAUUUCCAUUUUUAGUAGGGUAAAAAAUGCAAGUGAUGAAGAGGAAAAAAAGAAGCUUAAUCAACUUUUAGAGAUACUAAGGAAAAAAUUGCCUGAGGGCUUUAAGAUAGGAGCUGCUGUAGGUGAAGGGGAUUGUUUCUUUGAUUCCAUAGCUCAAGGCUUGAACGAGCUAAAAGAUAAAGGUGUGAUUACAGGUAGUAAAGGAUUUAGUGUAAAGUCUUUGAGGGAAUAUUGUAAGCAAUAUGCAGAACAAGUUAAUGAAACAAAAAAAGCUUCAUGGUUGGGUAGUGCUUUAAAAGGAAAGGGUGAAAAACUUUGUGAAUAUAUUCCGCGUAUUAAAUUUACAACAGAAGACAUUGACAAUACAUGCUCUGGUUCAAGAAUAAAAAUUCAAAAGUUAGAAAAUGCUAUAUGGGGACGACCUGAAGUUGAAGGAAAAAUGAUAUGCGAAAAGUAUGGCGUCAAAGUUAGGACUAUAGAAUUGAGAGAUAAAGAGAUAGAUGGAUUACAUGUUACUAAAGGUAAGGUAGGUACAGGUAAUAAUAUUAUUUACAUAGUGAAUUACAGGAACCAUUUUGUACCACUUCUUAGUAAUAUUGAAAAAGAUAUAAAGAGAAGUAUAAAAGUUUCUAGAGAGGAAGCUUACGGUAAUGUGGUAGCAAACAAUAUUUCUCAAUCUUACAUUUCUACACCAUUACAAGAUAUUGAAAAUUCCUCACACGAGCAAAACGAUCAUUCAAGGAGUACAGAUAAGGAAAAUCGUAAAACGAGUAGAAAACGAAGACGUUCUGUUACAGACAAAGAUGAUAUAAUAUUGAAGAGGUCGCGUGUGGAUGUACACAAUAUUAAUGAAGAAAUUAGAUUUGCUAAAAGUGUUGCCGGUAAAGAAGGGACACCUAGAUUUAAUCAGUUCUUAGAUUUUUUAAUUGCAGGGGAAGGAAAAGAAUGUCUAGAAGUUCUGAAAGGAAAAGGAAUAAACUUAUCCAGUAUGUCCAGUAUUUUAAGUGGAUCAGGAUCUGAUGCUACAAAAGCUUUUAAAGGCUUAUAUGAUCUGUGGUUUGAUGAGCAAGGAAAUAAAACACGAUAUUUAAAAACUCUAGAAAAAGAAAGAAUAAAUCUAGCUAGUGUUUCUAGUAUUUUAAGUAAAGCAAGAGCUAAUGCUGCAAAGACUUUUAAAGGCUUAUAUGAUCUAUGGUUUGAUGAGCAAGGAAAUAAAACACGAUAUUUAAAAACUCUAGAAAAAGAAAGAAUAAAUCUAGCUAGUGUUUCUAGUAUCUUAGGCAGAACAGGAACUAGUGCUGCAAAAGCUUUUAAAGACUUAUAUGACCUAUGGUUUGAUGAAGAAGAAAAUAAAACACGAUAUUUAAAAACUCUAGAAAAAGAAGGAAUAGGCUUAGCCAGUGUAUCCAAUAUUUUGCAUGGAGCAAGAGCUAAUGCUGCAAAGACUUUUAAAGUCUUACAUGAUCUGUGGUUUGAUGGGCAAGGAAAUAAAACACAAUAUUUAAAAACCUUGGGAAAAGAAGAAAUAAAUCUUACUAAUUUAUCCGGUAUUUUAAGUAAAGCAGGAGCUAAAGCUCCCAAAGCGUUUAAAGACUUAUAUAAUCUGUGGUUUGAUGAAGAAGGAAAUAAAACACAAUAUUUAAAAACCCUGGAAAAAGAAGAAAUAAAUCUUGCUAAUGUGUCUAGUAUUUUAGGUGGAGCAGGAGCUAAUGGUGCAAAGGCUUUUAAAGACUUAUAUGAUCUGUGGUUUAAUGAAAAAGGAAAUAAAACACAAUAUUUAAAAACUCUAGAAGAAAGCGGAAUGGGUCUUACUAAUGUAUCCAGUAUUUUGCAUAGAGUAGGAGCUAAUGGUGCAAAAGCUUUUAAAGGCUUAUAUGAUCUGUGGUUUGAUGAGCAAGGAAAUAAAACACAAUAUUUGAGAACUCUAGAAAAAGAAGGAAUAAGUCUUGCUAGUAUAUCCAGUAUCUUGCAUGGUGCAGGAGCUAAUGGUGCAAAGGCUUUUAAAGACUUGUAUGACCUGUGGUUUGAUGAAGAAGGAAAUAAAACACAAUAUUUAAAAACCCUGGAAAAAGAAGAAAUAAAUCUUACUAAUGUAUCCAGUAUUCUAAAUGGAGCAGGAGCUAAUGGUGCAAAGGCUUUUAAAGACUUAUAUGAUCUGUGGUUUGAUAAGCAAGGAAAUGAAACACAAUAUUUAAAAACUCUAAAAAAAGAAAAAGUAAAUCUAGCUGAUGUGCCCGGUAUUUUAAGUAAAGCAGGAGCUAAAGCUCCUAAAGCAUUUAAAGACUUAUAUGAUCUGUGGUUUGAUAAGCAAGGAAAUGAAACACAAUACUUAAAAACCUUAAAAAAAGAAAAAAUAAAUCUAACUAAUAUGUCCAGUAUUUUGCACGGAGUAGGAGCUAAUGGUGCAAAGGCUUUUAAAGACUUGUAUGACCUGUGGUUUGAUGAAGAAGGAAAUAAAACACAAUAUUUAAAAACCCUGGAAAAAGGAGAAAUAAAUCUUACUAAUGUGUCUAGUAUUUUAGGUGGAGCAGGAGCUAAUGGUGCAAAAGCUUUUAAAGACUUAUAUGAUCUGUGGUUUAAUGAAAAAGGAAAUAAAACACAAUAUUUAAAAACUCUAGAAAAGGAAGGAAUAGAUCUAUCUAGCAUAUCUAGUAUUUUGAAUGGAGCAGGAGCCAAUGGUGCAAAAGCUUUUAAAGACUCAUAUGAUCUGUGGUUUGAUGAAGAAGGAAAUAAAACUCAAUAUUUGAGAACUAUAGAAAAAGAAGGAACAAGUUUUGCUAGCAUGUCCAGUAUCUUACAUGGAGCAGGAGCUAAUGGUGCAAAGGCUUUUAAAGGCUUAUAUGAUCUUUGGUUUGAUAAGCAAGGAAAUGAAACACAAUAUUUAAAAACUCUAAAAAAAGAAGGAAUAAAUUUACCUAAUAUGUCCAGUAUUUUAAGUGGAGCAGGAGCGAAUACUACAAAAGCUUUUAAAGACUUAUAUGAUCUUUGGUUUGAUAAGCAAGGAAAUAAAAAACAGUAUUUAAAACAUUUGACUGAAAAAAAGAAUACGGAAAGGAAUUUUACUAUAAGUAACUUGUCUGGUAUUUUAAGUGGGGCAGGAGCCAAAGCUAGCAGUGCUUUUAAAGAAUUACAUGACGUUUGUUUUAACGACAAUGGAGAAGAGACAGAACUUUUAAAUAAUUUCUAUGAUGCAGGCUUUAAGCCAGGUAACUUAUCCUCUAUGUUAUGUGGAUCAGGAUCUCGCACUUCUCAUAGAUUAAAAGAAUUUCAUAAUACUCUUUUUGACGAUAAAGGAAAGGAAACAGGACUUUUAAGUGAUUUUCAUAAGAUAGGUUUUAAUCCUCAGAGUCUGUGCAGUAUAUUAAGCGCAUCAGUAAGUAGUUUAGGUCAGUUUCAUGAUUUUUGUUCCACAAAAAAAGCAAAAGCGUAUUUAAUCCAUUUCUCACAGGCAGGUUUUACUAUUAACAAAUUAUCUGAUAUACUGCAUGGAGCAAGGGCUAGCAUUUGUUCUGCUCUGAAAGAUUUUCACAAUGUUUGUUUUGAUGAGCAAGGGAACAAUACGCAGCUUUUGAAUGAUUUCUAUAGCGUAGGGUUUACGGCAAGACACUUAUCCAAAAUAUUAGGCAUGGCAGGAAAUAAUUCAGCUUCUAUCUUAAAAAAUUUCCACAAAUCAUGUUUUAAUGAAAGGAAUUAUUUAAAUCACUUCUUAGCCGAGAAAAAACUUUUUACACCAAAAAAUUUAUCUAGGAUGUUACAUAGAGUAGGACUUAGUAUUUGUUCUGCCUUUGAAAAAUUGCAUGGUUUUUGUUUUGAUAAAGCAGGAAGUAAAACGGAUUAUUUAAAUAAUCUUAUCAAAAAUAACUCACCGGAUACGAUACUUAAUACACUAUAUAAAAAAGUAGAAAAAGUUAAAAAAGCUCCUUCUGCUUUCUUAGAUGAGCAGAAUAUUAGUGAAGAAGAUAAAAUAACCAAUCCAGAUCUUAACCUGAGUAGCGCAUCCGGUAGAACAGAGCAAGAACAAAACUUGGGUAGUUUACAACAAGGUGAUUCUAAAAUUAAGAGAAAAACCCGGAAGGGUAUUACUAACCAAAGUAAGAACGGACAAUAUGAUAAAAUUUUAGACACAGUAGCAGGUAGCUCAAGAGAUUUAUCCCAGAGACGAGGAACAAGGAAAAAACAAAUACAGUCAAUACACUACAGCAAGAGGCAACGAGAAGUGUUUUCAGACUUAUCAAAGUUUGCGUUAUCUAUUAAACCAGUGAAACAAGGGCUUUAUUUAUCUUCUUUUAAAGCACGUGGGGUUGAGAUUGAUGGUAGAUGUGUAGAGAUUACACGUGGCUUAUCGCAAGCUUUAUUUUUACAGAGUGACAAGUCAUUUUUAAGUAAUUUAGAAACUUCCGCUGAAAUUUACGAGCGUAUAGUGCAGGGCAAGCAGGUAUCUAAAAUGGAAGAAAGAGAGGUUUUUGCUUUUAGUAAAUUAUUUAAUGUUUUCGAACAACAGUUAGAUUCUUCUACGAAUAGCCUGCCUUCAAACCUAAUGCAUAAUAAGGACUAUAAAACACCUAGUAAUUUAUCACAUUAUAUAACUGAAGUUAAAGGUGAUUUUGCUAUUCACUUAGUAACAAGUGAUCACGUUGUUGCAGUUUAUAGAAUAGGUGAUAAUUAUGCUUAUUUUGAUAGCAAUACAGCAUUUGUUUCUGGAUUGAAAAGUGUUGAUCAGCUUAUAGAUGCUGUAGAAAAAGGAAUGAAAUCUGCUAGCUAUAAAGUAGAAAAAGAAGGGUUCCUUGUUGAACACUUUGACAUUGAGCGAGCUAAUGGGUUAUUGUCAAGUGAAGAUAAACAAAUUUUAGCAAAAGAAAUCAAAACAGAAUGUCAACUUCUAGCAGAGCAAGAUAAGGAGCUUGGUUUUAUAAAAGUCAAUGGUCAAGAAGUAUCCAGAGUAGAAUUAUAUGAGCUUGGUACUAAAAUUAGUGUGGAAGGCGGCUUACCUUUACUUAUUAAUGCUGAUAUGAAUUUAAGUAGCAAAAAAUUCCAAGCUCAUCUAGACAGAAAAGAAGUAAGUCUGACAGCUAGAGAAUAUCUUGAUCAUUUGAAGGGUAGCAGGAAUGUAGAAGAAAUAGUACAAGCGACUGAAACAAUUCCUUUUGAAGGUUCAAAACGUGAAAUUGAGAAAGCGGAGCAAAUGCGUGAGCCAAAGCAAUCUGUGUUGGAACAGUUGGUUAAAAGAACAAUUAAUACUAUAUUUGCUGCUGUGUCUCUUGCCGACAUUAGCCGAUCAGAGAGUCAGUUAUUGUGGGAAGCAAAAAGUAGACUUGAAACUCAUUUAGGUGAUGUGACAGUAAAUAAUCAACCAAUGAGAACAGAGUAUCCGUUCAGGAGAGUGGUUUAA